AUGGGGAAGAGAAAGAGCUCCUCUAUGAAACCUAAACCCAAAAGAAUACCGAAAUUAGACAAAGAAUUUGACUGUCCCUUCUGCAGUCACUCCAAGGCUGUUAAAGUUGAGCUAGACAGAGUUCGAGGCGUCGGUUCUUUGAGCUGUCGCGUGUGCGGUGCUGCAUACAGUCGCCCGGUGUCUCGAUUAGAUGAAGGUAUUGAUGUGUAUGGGGACUGGAUAGAUGCAUGCGUUGCAGCAAAUGCAGAAGCAGCAAAAGAAGCAAAAGCUAAACUAGAGAGGGGCCUUCAACCUUCUCCUGCUCCUGCUGCUCCUGCUGCUGCACCUGCUGCUGCUGCUCCUGCUGCUCCUGCUGCUGGGGGUGGUGGUGGUGCUGCUGCUGCUUCUGCUGGAGGUGAAAGAGCAGCAGCAAGAAAUAAACAAGAGCGUGAAAAAGAAUUAAAGGCGUUAAAGAGUUCUAGAGGGACAGAGAGACAGCUGAAGAGACAAAAGGAGACAGAUACUGAAAGCGAGAAAGAAAGCAGCAGCAGCAGCAGCAGCAGCGAGAGCGAAGCAGCAGAAGAGACAAAACCCCCUAAGAAGCGUCUUAAGAGUGGAAUUAAAGACAGAGACAGCGGCUUUGAAGAUAAAGAAGAAGAAAUAGAGACAGCUGCUGAUGGGCACGACAGAGACACAGAGGAGUUUAUAAACAAAGACAAAGAUAAAGAAAUAGAUGCAGUAAAGCAGCAGCAAAACAAUCAGCAGCAACCAGAUACAAGUGCAGCUGUCGGGGGCCUUCUUGAACGCUACCGCGAUGAAGGAGAGGAGACAGAAGAAGAGGGUGAAGGAGACACAAAUCUUUUUAAUGAUGAUGAAUGA